CGAUAUUUUCUCAACAAGUUGAGAGCAAUGCUCCAUUCAUGGAGAGAGCGUCCCCGACAAAAAUACAAACCGCUAAAACAUGGGAAGAUGGUGGAAUGAUGCACUGAUGAAAACUACAAUUUGUACCAACUGCAGCAUUACUAUUAAAGUGACGAUGGGCUUCCAGUCUCAACAUACGUGACUCAACAAAACAUUUUUUUUUAAAAACAGUAACAAAAGGUGCUAAUCACCAAACCAAGAGUACAGACGAUUUUUUAUAAAUUUUUUUUUUAUUAACCUGUCAUCAAGAUGCAGAGUACAGUUUUAACGUGUUUGCCACGUUUAAGCCAAACAUUUUUUUUACGGAACAAUUUCCACGGGCCAGUGCUUUUUAUACUCAUAUUACAAGUGUGCCUUAGUUCAGGUCAGCUGACGCAGCCUUGCGAGUCUGUGGAUAUUAAUGGAACGAUAGAAUAUAACGCGUGCCUGGGAAGUACCGAGGCUUUAUAUUUGUUACGCAUUGAUCCUAUUGUGGAACCAGAAAAUGCAACGUGUGGAUAUAGCAGCGAUCCGCAAAGAAGAAUAUUUUGUACCCUUAAUUUGGAAAUUGAAUGUGGUUCAUGUGAUGCAACAAUGGAUUCCCUUGCGCAUCCGCCUGAAAACAUAUAUGAUGAACCUUCGCAAGACUUAAGUCAAGUGACGUGGUGGCAGUCGAUAUCCUGGUACGACUAUCCCGUACCUUUGCACCUGAACGUAACAUUAGAAUUUAAUCACACGUACUUGUUAAACAGUGAUAUAAUGAUAGUUUUCCAAUCGGGAAGGCCACAAAUGAUGGUCCUUGAGAAAUCCAGUGACUACGGCUUAACGUGGGAACCGUAUCAAUACUAUGCACAGGACUGCUCAGAAUUUGGAAUGAUCGCAAAAGAAAAUACGGAAAUAGAAACGCCAACAGAGGUGAUCUGUUCUGAACAGUAUAGCGGAGAGCUGCCUUAUUCCAAUGGGCAGAUUAUUUUUCCGAUGCAAGCACGACUUGGACUACUAACCAAUAGUCCCUUACCGGGUGAUAUUUACGCUGCGUAUGAACUUAAUACCGAUUUGCAAGAGUUCCAAAGGAUAACUGAUUUACGUAUUCGGUUGUUGUACCCUGCUACUAAUGGAUUGGAGUGGACAGCACAGCCUUAUUAUUUAUUACAGUAUUACUAUGCCAUCUCAAAUGUUGAAGCUUUUGUUAUUUGCGAUUGUAAUCUUCAUGGUCAGUUCUGCGAGGAGGAUGCAGAUAACGUGGUAUCAUGUGUUUGUAACCAUAACACAAUGGGAUACAACUGCGAGAUUUGUCAACCGCUUUAUAACAACCGCCCCUGGCAACGUGGAUCGUACAUUCCUUAUCCUACGGGCACAGCUAAUGAAUGCCAGAUGUGCAACUGCAAUAACCAUGCCGACAGUUGUCACUACAAUGAAACCCUUGGACACGGCAUUUGCGAGAAUUGCUAUGACAACGCACUGGGACAAUUCUGCGAGAUUUGCGUGGAUGGAUACUACCGCAACACGACCGUACCAGCCUCAGAUCUGGAAUCUUGCAUAGAAUGUGGAUGUGAGGAACUUGGAAUUGAAGGAAAUGCCACCUGUGCUCAGUACCCGGACACAGUACGUAAUAAACCGAUUGGACAGUGCAAUUGUAAACACAUGGUGACCGGAAGAUCCUGUAGUGAUUGUAUACCAGGUUUCUUCGGUUUAGUUUUGGAUCCUAACCCUGGUACUUGUAAAAUUUGUUUAUGCAACCUGAUUGGUACACAGUCAGCAAGCAACGUGUGCGCACAAGAUGGUCAGUGUCCUUGUAAAACAGGUACCGGCAGCUUAGACUGUAGUAUCUGUAAAGACGGUUUCCAUACUUAUCCAGUCCUGUACACAGAGGAUUGCAUUCCAUGUGGUUGUGACUACGGUGGCGCCAUGUCACAGGUGUGUGAUAAAGUAGCCGGCACAUGCACCUGUCGACAAAACAUUAAUGGUGAUCAGUGCAAAGGCCUAACACCUGAACACUAUUACGAGUACUUGGACAGCAACUCAUACGAAGCAUGGGAAGCUCAGUCUACAUGUGAACGAUGGUCAGACCUUCCUGCUGAUGCAUUUACCGGGAAGGGAUUCCGUCGGUGCCGGAUGGAUCAGGAUUUGAUUUUUACAGAUGUGAUGGGAGACACUUCGUUGGACACAGAUGUAACAAUUUGGUAUCUGGUGUUGCGGUAUUCAUAUGUGUCAGAAAGUCCUUGGGAGAAUGCAAGACUUGUUGUGUCUGUAGGAGGCAAUAGCUUGACAGCAACUGACAGCCCAUGCCCAAUUGCAGCCCUCACUGAGAUUAGCUCAACAGACAUAAUGUUUGAGCCCGGGGAGAAGGUGGCCUGGAUGGGGAACUUGACUGUGGAUGCUCUCAACAUGAAUAGGCUAUGUCGUUAUGUUGUGACAGUCUACUUUGAAGAGUCUGGUGGUGCUGAUAGCGAUUAUAUUGACAUUGAUGAACUGGUUUUGCUCCCAGAACUGAACCAGUUCCUUGUCUAUCAAGUGGCAGAUCCUGAAUCGCAAGUUUUGUACGAUGAUUGCUUACUGGACAUAGCAACGUUAUCAACAAGAGAACAAGCUAUUCACAAUUGUCAAGAAUUCUUCUUUUCGGUCUCAACGCAGCUCAACAAUGGAGUUGAAGCAUGUGAGUGUAGCUUUGUUGGAUCGCUGCUCUCAAUGUGUGAUCCCUAUGGAGGCCAGUGCAUUUGCAAGCUUGGGGUCGGAGGUCGUAAAUGUGACCAGUGUCUUCCGGGAUAUUAUGAUUUUGGUUUCACCGGUUGCAUCCCUUGUAAUUGCAAUGCCACCGGAUCGGCAGCUUUGGCGUGCGACUUCACCACAGGGCAGUGUCCGUGCUAUGAUGGUGUCGCUCGUCUAGGACAGCUCAGCACCUUGAAUGUGACAGAUGACCUCCAGUGCCAUGCAUGCAUUAACUAUUACUUUAAAGACAAAGACAGAGGUGGUUGUCUGCCGUGUAAUUGUAAUGAGAACGGCUCAGAAUCGUUACAGUGUGAUCAGGAUGGUACGUGCUAUUGUAAAUCAACAGUCAGCAACUUAAAAUGCGACAGCUGUCUUGUUGGAUAUUACAACUUUAGUUCCAUCGGAUGCUUAGAAUGCUUAUGUGAUGAGAUUGGCUCGAUUGGACCUGCUUGUGAUGCUAUAUCUGGAGUCUGUACUUGCAAAACAUACGCCGUUGGCGACAAGUGCAGCGAAUGUCAGACUGGAUAUUUCAAUCUGGAUGUGAGGAAUGAUUAUGAUGGGUGUCAACAGUGCUUCUGCUUUGGCCACGGAAGCGAAUGCACCACUGCGUCUGGAUUUGUUGGUGCCAUGAUUACGUCAGAUUUCACCAACAUGAACCUGGAUGGUUGGGUGGCUAGUGAUUCAACUGCAUUGAAUCCUGACCUUGAUGGGCUGCGCAUCUCACACCCUCCGGGCCUAGCUCAGAACACUUAUGUCUACCUCAUAGCACCUUCAAAAUACACUGGCUUCCAGCUUAGCUCCUACAGUAAUAGGAUCACUUACUCAAUGAUGCUAGAUCUUGGGCCUCCUGCAGAAGAAAUAGACAACCGCUUUCUAGUGCUUCAAGGUGGGCCUGAAAACUACCCACUAUAUUACAUAGAUGAGCCAUUCAUUCCAUCUGAAACCCGCACAGAGUUUGUGGCUGUCCUACGAGAAGACAAAUGGACGUUUGAUGGGAGCUCACAUCCCACUACAACUGAAUUUCAAGCAAUAUUAGCUCAGCUGACAAGCAUCCAGAUUCGAGUAACAUUUGGCCCUACCACAGUGAGCACCCUCUAUCACUUUGCUAUGGAAACCGCAGAACCAUUGGUUGAUGGGGGCGGAGGCAGUGCUGUAACAUACGUCGAAGAAUGUGUAUGUGAUCAAGCUACAUUAACUGGUGGUUUGUCUUGCGAAACAUGUUCACAGCUUAAUCGGCGAGAGAACCUAACGGCUGUUGCACUCGUAGGAGCUGACCCAUAUCACACAUGUGUACCUUGCGAAUGCAAUGACCGAUCCACCGACUGCGAUGCCCUCACUGGGAUCUGUACAGCAUGCCAACUUGGUACAGCAGGCGAUAACUGUCAGGAAUGUGCUGAGAAUGUACUUGUGCCUGCAUGUGCGGAGUGUAUUACCGACCACUACGGAUUUGGAACUACGCUGUUUGAAGGAGCGUGUGCAGACUGUGCCUGCAAUGUGACUGGAACUGGUGGGAUCACUUCCUGUCAGAAUGAUGACGGACAGUGUCCCUGCACUGGUAACUAUGGUGGCCUAAAAUGCGAUAGGUGCACAUAUAAUUUCUACAAUUUUGCAGCUGCCUGUGUGCCUUGUCCUACUUGUUACGAUCUCAUCAGGGACCAUUACUUCACGCUAGUCUCCGAAAGCCAGAAUGCUACCAUUCGUACUGAAUAUUUGAUAUCACAGGACAACUCGUCCGUGAUUGGUCCAUUCUCUGAGAGACUACAAGCUACAUAUAAUCAGAUGUUACAGCUUGUUGUUGAUUCGAUAAAUGUGAUAAAUGAAGGUCAAGACAUUGGUAUGGACCUAGAUGAGUUGAAUGCAACUAUGUAUGAGCUGAUGGCAACGCUAGAUGCUGCUGCAGCGUCGGUACCAAUAGCCAAUGCAAGUGCAGUGGCUACCGAGGCCAAUACUACUGCUGGUUUUGUGGCAAUAGCAGCUUUUGAACUUAAUUUACAAAAAACAUAUCAAAUAUUGGAAAAUGGCACAUUUGAUGAGAGGCACUUAGUCCUUGCGCAGUUGAGGGAAAGUCUGGAGGACAUGCAGGACCUGUUCUACACUUUAGUCGCUGAAACGACCAUUCAAACCAGGAGAAUUCAGAAAGAGACAGCUGACCUUCGACUUAUAGUUGAGAACAAUAAUGAAAUCUCAGAGGCGACACUUAAUAUUGUCCAGGGAUCACAAGCUAUUCACGACAACACCACCUCAAGGACUGCUAUGCUCCUGACCACCGCCAGUGAGGUCGAGGAUUUCGGUAUGAACACACAAGUGCGUGUAGAAACAGUGCAGACGAGAGUAACAGAAACUGACUUGCUUGCGAGAGAGAAGAGUGUGAUGGCAACAACUCCAAACAGUAAUGCUGAAAAUGAUGUGAAUUCACUAGCACUAUCCGCCAUCUCAAAGGGAAUGCAAGCCGAGUCAGUUACGGAAGUGGUUUUAAACAAAGUAGCAUCAUCAACUUCAACCACUCAAGCCGUAGCAGAGGCUGGCUCCGACACGGACAGCCUCAUCACUGAUGUGAAUAGUACAAUCAGUAACGUGAAUUCACGUUAUAAUCGUGUUAUUGCCGCCAAUAACAGUGUGACAGCAUCGUUGCAACUAUCCAUGGAAACAUUUGCAGCUGCAGAGGAAAUGCUAGAAGUUGUAAACGCAUUUGAUAGACAAGUUGGAGCGGCACAAGCUACUGCAGACCAGGCACUGACAUCUGCUGAUGCAAUUCAAAGUAGCAGUGGAGCUAACUUACAAAAAGCACAAGAACUUGAGAUUCUACUAGCACCAAUAGAAGCCGACACAAGACAAGGGAAGGAAGAUGCUGAUACAGCUUAUGCCAUGGCAGAGGAAGAGUUUAUGGCUUUAUUUCCAGUGAAUGAGAGGGCAAAUGCAAUCGCAACAUCAACGGCUAAUACUUUAAACAAUAUUGACACCAUCACAGAAAGUGUGAUGACCAUCAACACGACAUUAGUGGCCCCAGCAGGAGAGAGCUGUGAAAUGUUCACCCCGACUAUAAGUAACUUAGAAUCUCUCGUUACGCGAGCAUCUACAGACGCUCAAUCGGCAUCCACAGCUGCAAGUACUUCACGGCGGAUGAUCGAACAACUAUUAGAUGACGUGGGGAACAUUAAUCAUGUGGACACAUCAUCGUUACCCGCACUCCAGCAGCGUAUAAAUGAUGCGUCCGCAGCAUUUACUCAAGCGCAGUUUGAUGUGGCAAUUGCAUCGCUAAAAUCGGCAAUCGAUGAACAGCAGGUUUGGCUGGACCAAACUUUGGCAGAAGCUGACGAUAUGCGAAGGCAAAUUGAUAGUCUUGAAAGUUUCAGAGUGCGGACGUGAGCAUUGUGCAAAUGCCCAUUAAAUUCAACAUGACCUACAACAGCAAAGUACAUUUUAUCAAUUUUUGCAUUUUUAAUUUUAACUUGUACUUAUUUAUUUGAGACUUUAUGGGCAGGCCUAUAGCUAUAAAAAUGGUAUCUUAAUAUACUCAAGGCUAUUCUUUGAAUGGCUGAGGAUGUUAAUCAUAAAUUGGGCUUUAACACUAAAAAUCAACUGAUUAAUUUCUUUUGAUAUUUUAAUUCUUGAUUAAAGGCCAAUGAUUCAUCAUUCAUUUUCUCAAUUUAUAAUUUUGUGAUAGUUUACUUUUUAAAAUUCAUUCCAGUAAACACAUUCCUAGACUAAUUAUGCAAAUGAUAUGAGAAUGGAUUUAUAAUGUUUGUGGUAAUUUUUUUAAACCUAGUAUACCCUUUGUUUGCCUAAGUCUCUUUUUUGCUGCUUUUUCCUUUUGUGUUUUUAUUGUUGUAAUCUGUUUAUUUUUCUUUGUUGUUUGUGUGACUGUAUUGUUGUGAUGCUUCAGGUUCCAGAAUAAUGACUAAUUUUAUGCCUGCCAUUGUUUUCCUGAAUUGUUGAGGAUUGGCUUGCGCUUCAUAACGGCAAGGGAAAGGCGCAAUAUAAAUACCCAAUACCAGUACCAGUUUCAUGGUGCACAGAUUUUUAAUGAACUUGGUUCAAUAAAGUUUGAAUUUCUAUAGUGAUACGAAAAUCAUUGAAACAAUAUUGUCAUGUUUGAAUUAAUGGUUGUUUCUAUGUAUGAGACAAAAAUUAAAUUUGAAAUUUUUUUAAAAGUUUUUAUCUUAGCAUUUUUGUAAGAGCUUACUGUAUUUUAAAUUUUAGGCUUAAUGAUAUGAUAAAAUAGUUUUGUUCAUUUUUGCUUUGACUGCAAACACAUUUAACAAUUAAAUAGAUCUAUUGUUUUUAAAGCCAUUGAUAUUUUAGUUUUUUUGGUGUUUUUUUUUUUAAAUUGUUAUUGUUGUUUGACUAAUGUUUUCUUUAGCCUGGAGGAAAUAAUUAUUUACUCCAUCCAUUAGUUAUAUCAUGGCACAUUCAUUAAUAUUUAGAUACGUGUUGUUAUGCUUGGUUUCAUAACAUUUUUUUCUAAAAGGUUAUUCUUUAAAAAAUUAUUUUACUCUUACUGUAGGUUACAUAAUGCUAGAAAAGAAAAUCAAAUAGAGUUUAUAUAAUGACUUGACUGAUUUUUGUCUUUUUCUUGCAUCUCUUAUUUCAUUUGAAUUUCUUAUCAAUGUGCAUUAAUUUGAAGCAAUCCUUGUUAGAAACCGUCCACAGUGGCGGAUUCAAGUGUGGGGGGAAAUUCUACUUAAAUUUUGAUUCUAAGAGUGCCAUUCCGGCCAUCUAAAGGUGCCAUAAUCAUAAAUUUUCUUACCUCAGCCCCAACCAUGGUGGGCCUGUGGUGGUAUAGACUUUCCAUCUGUGCUGUGCAAGUCCCUGUCUGGGCCCCCUCUAUAUCGGAUUCCUGGAUCCGCCACUGGUCCAAAAUAUAAUAUCCUAUAAAACCAUAUAUAUUUAAACAAAAUUUAAGUGUUACAUUGUACUGUAAAUAUUUGAUAUUCAUAUUUCUAUUUAUUAUAUUGUAAAAAUCUUACUUUUCACCGGCUCUUAAAUGGUAUGUUGUUUAUCAGGAUUGUUCACUUGAGGGUUUAUAUAGUGUGUUGAUAGAAUGGACAAUAGGAUAUAUUUUUUAAUUUUUAAUUAUUAAUUGAUAUGGUCCCAGCCAACAUUUAAAAUUGGAUGUACAACAAUUGUUAUUCAGGAAACGAAUAUAUUGAAUAUAUUGUAUGUAUGUACAGUAUGAUUGUAUAUAUUGGUGGGUUUUUAUUUAAAUUUUCCUGUAAAUGUUUCGUUUUCCAGAGAUUUGUUGUUGAAGAGAAUGUCUAUCACUUUAAAUACUAUUUUCUAAUAGGAUUCCUUGUAAAUUUUUCUAGACAAUGUUUGUCAUCAUCUGGUUGAUAUUUUUAAAUAGAUUGAUCGUUUAGAAAUUUGAAUAUUGGAAUUUUCUGUACGUGUGGGAUAAGGUGAUGAUGGUGCAUUGAUGUUGGGAUUUUAUAGUUUUUAUGAUGUUUUCAAAUAUUGAACUUCUUAUGAACAUUCCAUUUUUUCUAAUUAAUAGCUCUUAAAAUAAAGGUCUAACGAUAUCAAUCACCAACA